CAAAUAGAAGUAAUACCCUGCAAGAUCUGUGGGGACAAGUCCUCAGGUAUCCACUAUGGGGUCAUUACCUGCGAAGGCUGCAAGGUGAGCUAGUAGUAGUAGUAGUAGGGUUUCUACUUUACCUUCUUCAUGUGUUCUACAGCCUGUGCUAAACAAAGUAUAUCAUGGGAGACUGCCUUCAACGAUAUAAAACAAAGACAAGCUGCAAUAGAAAAUAUCCUUUGUUGUGAUCAAUGAAAUAAUACUUCCGUUCUAUAACAUCUAGAUUUAUAAUAAUAUAAUAAUAUGCCAUUUAGCAGACGCUUUUAUCCAAAGCGACUUACAGUCAUGCGUGCAUACAUUUUUGUGUAUGGGUGGUCCCGGGGAUCGAACCCACUACCUUGGCGUUACAAGCGCCGUGCUCUACCAGUUGAGCUACAGAGGACCAUUUAUGAUGCUGGAAUUAUAUACAUUAUGUAAUCAUUUGACUCAUCCCAUUUUGUUUCUUUGUGUAGGGAUUUUUCCGCCGCAGCCAGCAGAACAAUGCCAUGUACUCGUGUUCCCGCCAGAGGAACUGUCUUAUUGACCGAACCAACCGCAACCGCUGCCAACACUGCAGACUGCAGAAGUGUCUGGCUUUAGGCAUGAGCCGGGACGGUGAGUCACACACACACACACAGACGUGCGCGGAAAGUAUACAUUUGAGCCCAGAGAAAAACUCAUGACAGUUAUGCAACACUUGUUUCCACACAGAUAUACUAUUUAUACAGUGCAUUCGGAAAGUAUUCAGACCCCUUGACUUUUUCCACAUUUUGUUCCGUUACAGCCGUAUUCUAAAAUGGAUUAAAGAAAGUCUACACACAUCCUCAUCAAUCUACACACAAUACCCCAUAAUGAGAAAGCAAAAAUAGUUUUUUAGACAUUUUUGCUCAUAUAUUACAAAUAAAUAACGGAAAUACCUUAUUUACAUAAGUAUUCAGACCCUUUGCUAUGAGACUCGAAAUUUAGCUCAGGUGCAUCCUGUUUCCAUUGAUCAUCCUUGAGAUGUUUCUACAACUUGAUUGGAGUCCACCUGUGGUAAAUUCAAUUGAUUGGACAUGAUUUGGAAAGGCACACACCUGUCUACAUAAGGUCCCACAGUUGACAGUGCAUGUCAGAGCAAAAACCAAGCCAUGAGGUCGAAGAAAAUGUCUGGAGAGUUCCGGACAGGAUUGUGUCGAGGCACAUAUCUGGGGAAGGGUACCAAAAAAUGUCUUCAGCAUUGAAGGUCCUCAAGAACACAGUGGCCUCCAUUAUUCUUAAAUGGAAGUAGUUUGGAACCACCAAGACUCUUACUACAGCUGGCCACCCGGCCAAACUGAGCAAUCGGGGGAGAAGGGCCUUGGUCAGGGAGGUGACCAAAAACCAGAUGGUCACUCUGACAGAGCUCCAGAGUUCCUCUUUGGAGAUGGGAGAACCUUCCAGAAGGACAACCAUCUCUGCAGUACUCCACCAAUCAGGCCUUUAUGGUAGAGUGGCCAGACGGAAGCCACUCCUCAGUAAAAGGCACAUGACAGCCCGCUUGGAGUUAGCCAAAAGGCACCUGAAGGACUCUCAGACCAUGAGAAACAAGAUUCUCUGGUCUGAUGAAACCAAGAUUGAACUCUUUGGCCUGAAUGCCAAGCGUCACGUCUGGAGGAAACCUGGCACCAUCCCUACCGUGAAGCAUGAUGGUGGCAGCAUCAUGCUGUGGGGAUGUUUUUCAGCGGCAGGGACUGGGAGACUAGUCAGGAUCGAGGGAAAGAUGAACGGAGCAAAGUACAGAGAGAUCCUUGAUGAAAACCUGCUCCAGACCGAUCAGGACCUCAGACUGGGGCGAAGGUUCACCUUCCAACAGGACAACGACCCUAAGCACACAGCAAAGACAAUGCAGGAGUGGCUUCUGGACAAGUCUCUGAAUGUCCUUGAGUGGCCCAGCCAGAGCCCAGACUUGAACCCAAUUGAACAUCUCUGGAGAGACCUGAAAAUAGCUGUGCAGCGAUGCUCCCCAUCCAACCUGACAGAGGUUGAGAGGAUCUGCAGAGAAGAAUGGGAGAAACUCCCCAAAUACAGGUGUGCCAAGAUUGUAGCGUCAUAACCAAGAAGACUCGUGGCUGUAAUCGCUGCCAAAGGUGCUUCAACAAAGUACUAAGUAAAGGGUCUGAAUACUUAUGUAAAUGUGACAUUUCCGUUUGCAAAAAUUUAUAAAAACCUGUCUUUGCUUUGUCAUUAUGGAGUAUUGUGUGGAGAUUGAUGAGGGGGAAAAACUAUUUAAUCCAUUUUAGAAUAAGGCUCUAAUGUAACAAAAUGUGGAAAAAGUAAAGGGGUCUGAAUACUUUCCGAAUGCACUGUAUAGAUAGAUAGAUAGAUAGAUAGAUAGAUAGAUAGAUAGAUAGAUAGAUAGAUAGAUAGAUAGAUAGAUAGAUAGAUAGAUAGAUAGAUAGAUAGAUAGAUAGAUAGAUAGAUAGAUAGAUAGAUAGAUAGAUAGAUAGAUAGAUAGAUAGAUAGAUAGAUAGAUAGAUAGAUAGAUAGAUAGAUAGAUAGAUAGACUUACAUUCUGAUUCUUCCCCUUCUUCUAUCUCCCUCCAGCUGUGAAGUUUGGCCGUAUGUCUAAGAAGCAGCGAGACAGCCUGUACUCUGAGGUUCAGAAGCACCAGAAGAACCAGGAGGUUCUGAACCAGGAGGUUCUGAGCCAGGGGUGCCUGAACCAGGGUUUGUCCCUGACCAGGGAAGACGUAGCUGGGGGAGACAGUGAGGGGGACAGGCACAGGGAGCUCAGUCACUCCUACAGCAGCGGCGGCUCCAGCUCCACCCUGAGUGACCUGGAUGACAUCCCCGACCUGUUUGACCUGCCCUUGACCCCGGAGGAGGCCCACGAGUACUGCAGCCUGGAGCUGCUGGGAGGCCACGGCGGAAGCACCGGGAACACCUCCAACUCUUCGUCAUCGUCAUCAUCCUCUAACAAUUCGUCCAAUCAGAACUCGCCACAGCAGAAUCUGCUGGAUGUCACAGACGCCAAUGGGAUCAAACAUGAGUACCAGAUGUUGUCGCACACACAAGCCGCGCUGCUGGAGCCACUGGCCGAUGACUGCACUCUUAUGGAUAUAGGUACGAAAUCUAUUACUAUUUCUAUAACUAACAUCACUAACAAAGUUUCCCAGUAUCAAGUAAACAUGUUAUCUGUAGUGGUCUUGUAUUCAUAUGGUCCUGUGUUGUUUCUGUUUCAGAGCGUAUCACCCAGAGUGUGUUUCUGUUUCAGAGCCUGUUACCCAGAGUGUGUUUCUGUUUCAGAACCUGUCACCCAGAGUGUGUUUCUGUUUCAGAGCCUGUCACCCAGAGUGUGUUUCUGUUUCAGAGCGUGUUUCUGUUUCAGAGCGUAUCACCCACAGUGUGUCGUUUCUGUUUCAGAGCGUAUCACCCAGAGUGUGGUCAAGUCCCACUUGGAGACGAGUCAGUACAGUUCUGACGACCUGAAGAGGCUGACAUACAGUGGGAUUCAGUACUCACCUGAGGAGACCCGCAACUUCCAGUGCAAGGUGAAUACACACACUCACACACUGCUACUCAGGUUAAUGUAUUGCAUUAUCGUUGUAUUAAAUUAUGAUUUCUCUAUUUCUCCAAGUCUGAAGAGUUUAUGUGGCAGCAGUGUGCCCACCACAUCACCAAUGCCAUCCAGUACGUGGUGGAGUUUGCCAAACGCAUCACCGGCUUCAUGGACCUAUGUCAGAACGACCAGAUCAUUCUGCUCAAAGCUGGUCAGUACCUUUAUACAUGCAGAUUACACGUACUGCUCAAACCACUUCAGGACAUGCACACACUGAUCGUUAUGUGAGACAUGAAUGCUCUCUCUUACACACACACGUAUGCAAAUAAACAUUAUUGAGCAAACCCUGUAAAAUAGUGUCAUUGAACCACAUGAAAAUUCCUGUCAUGAGUGAAGAAAUGGCGUAAGUCCUUUAUCUUGCUAACCUUGGCUCUUCUUGUCCUUCUUUUCUCCAACCUUCUUCCUUUUGUGAUCGCUUUGUUUUUUUACAAACCACACAUCACUGCUCCGACCAUUUAACUAAACCACACAUCACUGCUCCGACCAUUUAACUAAACCAUAUCUGAAACCUACGUUUAUACCAUCCAACAACCGUUAUAUCUGCACACACACAAAAACGUGGAUUUGACAAUAACUCCAUAUUAUACCAUUUGUAAAUGUUUGAAACCCUUUUUGACAAGUCCUUGAUAAUCCUUAUUGUCCUGCUGAUUUAAAAAAAAUUCAAAUGACUUACAAUCUGGAAUAUUUACUUUCUGUUGGAUGUUUGUUUUUUGUGCAUGUUGGAGCAUCUUCUGUGCUCUUGGUAUCACCCCAUCCCCUCCCUCCUCUUCCUCCAUCUCUCCAUUUCUGUGGCUCUCUAUGGUUGUCCUUGCAGGCUGUCUGGAGGUGCUGUUGAUCAGGAUGUGCAGGGCGUUUAACGCUAACACCAACACCAUGUUCUUUGAUGGCAAGUUUGCCUCUGCCCAGCUCUUCAAAGCCCUUGGUAAGCGUCUCAGAUAGGCUAGCCUACUCCUUGUCUGAUACAGUAUUUAGAAUGUAUAGAGCUGAUACUGUUAACUACUCCAAAUACAAUUCAGUGGAACAUGAUGUGUGUAUAUAUAAUAUUGUAAUUCUUCUCUGCAGGUUGCGAUGACCUGGUCAGUGCCGUGUUUGACCUGGCUAAAGGUCUCUGCCGCCUGCAGCUGACCGAUGAGGAGAUGGCUCUGUUCAGCGCCGCUGUCCUUCUGUCCCCAGAGCGACCAUGGCUGACUGACAGCCAGAAGGUCCGGAAGCUUCAGGAGAAGCUCUUCCUGGCUCUGCAACACAGUCUGCAUAUGAGCGGGGCCGCCGACGAGAAACUAGACCAGGUAGAAGGGAUCCAGCUUUUGUCAAAUUAACGUCAGAUUUGACUUUUCGUAGCAGGUUAGGAGAACUUACGCAGCAGGUUAGGAGAACAAAUGUAGCAGGUUAAGAGAAUUGUGUUAAGGUUAGGAAAAGGGUUAGGGUUAGCCAAAAUGGAAAAGACCCAGCACACUCCACAGUUCGAUGACAAAAAAACACAGCCCACAGCCUCUAGCCAUGGCCAAGUUGUCAUUGACUGAGAUCCACCAUAUGGGAGUCACUUGUGUAGCAUAUGUCUCCUCUCCAAGAACUUUAUGAUACGGUCCUCUACAGAAUAUCCCAAACAGCUGCAUAAGCAUAUUUUAUGGGGCCUUAAGGCCUUAUGCUGUGUAGACAUUCUUUAAAUCAAACAAAGACAAACAGUUAACCAGUCUAGUGCUGUAGAGCAGAUCUAUCCCAUGCAGCUUAGCUUAAGUCCAUACACAUUUCAUGCGUUCUCUGGAUUUCUCCCAUUCCAUCCCACCAAGUCCAUAGAUAUUGAGUGUGUUUUCCUGACUGAUCCCGGUGUGUCCUCUCCUCCUGUAGAUGGUGUCCAAGCUGCUGCUGAUGAAGUCCAUCUGUAAUCUCCACGUCGACAAGCUGGAGUUCUUCCGUCUGGUUCACCCCGAGACCGCAUACAGCUUCCCACCACUCUAUCGGGAAGUGUUUGGGAGUGAGAUCUCUCUCCCCGACUCUACAAACAGCUCC